AUGGGAAGGGAACCAAGGUAUCAGGGCCAAGUGGGUCCAGACGUCGACACAGAUUCUAUGAGGGCCUUGUCCAGCCAUCAGCCACUGCCUCUCAACAGCACCAGGAUGGAAGUCAAAGGUCAGCUGAUCAGCUCUCCUACCUUCAGUGCCCCAGCUGCCCUAUUUGGAGAGGCUGCCCCCCAGGUGAAGUCAGAGCGUCUUCGGGGGCUGCUUGACCGGCAGCGGGCCCUGCAGGAGGCCCUGAGCCUGAAACUCCAGGAGCUCCGCAAAGUGUGUCUCCAGGAGGCGGAGCUGACUGGCCACCUGCCCCCUGAGUGUCCACUGGAACCUGGAGAACGGCCCCAGUUGGUCCGCCGGCGGCUCCCGGCAGCCCGUGCCUACCCUCCACCACAUCCCAACCCAGCGCACCACUCCUUGUGCCCUGCUGAGGAACUGGCUCUUGAGGCCUUGGAGCGCGAGGUGUCCGUGCAGCAGCAGAUCACAGCAGCUGCCCGCCGCCUGGCCCUGGCCCCUGAGCUGAGCGCCGAGCAGCGCCGGCGCCGGCGCCAGGUCCAGGCAGAUGCACUGCGGAGGCUGCAUGAGCUGGAGGAGCAACUUAGGGACAUCCGGGCCCGCCUUGGCCUCCCGGUGCUCCCGCCACCCCAGCCAUUGCCACUGUCCACGGGGGCAGUUCUCUCCGCCCAGGGAGUGUGCCUGGGCACGCGCCUAGCUCAGCUCAGCCAAGAGGAUGUUGUUCUGCACUCGGAGAGCAGCUCCCUCUCAGAGUCUGGGGCCAGCCAUGAUAAUGAGGAGCCCCGUGCCUGCUUCUCUGUGGCCGAGCGCCCCUCACCACCCAAGGCCUGGGACCAGCUUCGGGCAGUGUCUGGAGGAAGCCCUGAGCGGCGAACGCCAUGGAAACCACCCCCGUCAGAUCUUUAUGGGGACCUGAAGAGCCGGCGGAACUCAGUGGCCAGCCCUACCAGCCCCACACGCUCGCUGCCCAGGAGUGCCUCCAGUUUUGAGGGGCGAAGUGUGCCUGCUACCCCUGUCCUCGCCCGGGGCACUGGCCCCCAGCUCUGCAAACCCGAAGGCCUGCACUCUCGCCAGUGGUCCGGCAGCCAGGACUCCCAGAUGGGCUUCCCCCGGGCGGACCCUGCCUCCGAUCGCGCCUCCCUCUUCGCAGCUCGCACCCGCCGCAGCAACAGCUCGGAGGCCCUGCUGGUAGACCGGGCAGCUGGUGGAGGAGCCGGCUCUCCACCUACCCCUCUGGCUCCCCCUGCUGCCGGCCCCCCAGUUUGCAAGAGCAGUGAGGUGCUGUAUGAACGCCCCCAACCAACCCCUGCCUUCUCCUCCCGCACAACCGGUCCCCCAGACCCUCCCCGAGCUGCCCGGCCUAGCUCAGCUGCCCCUGCCUCCCGGGGAGCCCCCCGGCUCCCUCCUGUGUGUGGGGACUUCCUCUUGGACUAUUCCCUGGACCGGGGCCUGCCCCGAGGUAGCGGCGGGGCAGGCUGGGGGGAGCUGCUGCCUACACCUGAGGUCCCAGGACCCCUCACCCGCCGGGAUGGGCUCCUCACCAUGCUCCCUGGCCCACCACCUGUGUACACAGCUGACGGCAGCAGCCCCCUCCUCCGCAGCAAGGACCCCCACACCCGGGGCACCCGCAUCAAGCCCUGUGGCCUGCCCCCAGAUGCUGCUGAGGGUCCAGAGGUGCAUCCAAAUCCUCUGCUGUGGAUGCCCCCACCCACGCGUAUCCCCCUGGCUGGGGAACGCAGUGGCCAUAAGAACCUUGCCCUGGAGGGGCUGCGGGACUGGUACAUCCGGAACUCAGGCCUGGCUGCGGGGCCCCAGCGCCGGCCUGUGCUUCCUCACGUGGGCCCGCCACACCCACCCUUCCUCCAGGCCCGCUGCUAUGAGGUGGGCCAGGCGCUGUACGGGGCCCCCAGCCAGGCGCCACUCCCACACUCGAGGAGUUUCACGGCGCCCCCUGUCUCUGGCAGAUACUACGCGGACUUCCUGUACCCCCCGGAGCUGAGCGCUCGCUUAAGUGACCUGACGCUAGAGGGGGAACAGUCCUCCAGUUCUGACCCCCAGACCCCGGGGACAUUGGUCUGACCCCUUCUAAUAUCCCCCUUGUUGGUCUGGGCAUGACUCCAGUCUGGGGAGCACACAGCUGAUCUCGCUGAACCCUGGGGUGUGGUUGUUCUCAGUCCUGGGGGCACCAACCUGAUCUUCCAAGGCCGCUGGUUCCCCUAGGGCCCAGGAAGGUGUCUGAAACCUUGCUUCUCCUCUCACACUGUGCUGGGGACUGGGGGGCCUCAGUCAGCUUAAAAGGGGGGAUGAUGUCAUGGGGACUCCAAGCCCCUUCCUCCAUUUCUGUUUACAGUUGUGGUUUAGGUAUUCACUGUCUUCCCCAACACGAGGCAUUUUAUAAAAGGGAAACCGUGGUCUCCUUCUGGUUGGGUUCAUUCCUGUCCCCAUGCUGAGUCUGUUCCAAACAGGAACCCCCUCCACAAAGUGGACCAUAGAGGGUCUCAGUGCCCUGCUUGGGGCAGCCAGGAGACUGGUUUGAACAGAACUCCCUGACACCCCCCACCAGGGCAGUUCUUGGGGAGGUGGGCUCUCUGCCCACAUUUGGAAGGACUGAAGUCCGGGUGGGGUGCCUGAAGGAGCCUGUCCCUGUCUGUGCCUGCAGCCUCUGCCCUGACCAUCCCCAAUCAGAGGCCCGGCAGGAGGGGCACAGGGCAGAGUCUUUGGAUGUGUUGUGUCCUGGGAUGCUGUGGAGGUUGAACCUGGCAUCUGGUAGAUGCCAGUAAAAUCCUCAGGUGACAUCUGGCCAUGGUCCACAGGCCACGUCACGUCUUCCUUGGCUUUCUGUCCAUUUACUUUUUAAACAAAUCCACCCAAGCUGUUUUCUAUACCUGUCUUUCUGGAGCUGGGGGUUCUCCUACCCCCUUUACCCGGUGUUAAACUCUUCUUUUUGUACCAAUGGAUCUGGGCCCAAGACACUACCCAUACUGG